AUGCUACCGACAGAGCUGACUUUGGUCCUUGCGGCAACGAGGAACAUGGGCAUCGGCCAUGCUGGUGGGCUGCCAUGGACAGGUCUGAAAAAGGAGAUGGCUUAUUUUGCAAGAGUCACGAAAAGGCUGCCUUCCGAUGCACAACCUUCUGCUAUAAACGCAGUGAUCAUGGGGCGCAAAACAUGGGAAAGCAUCCCACCCAAGUUCAGGCCGUUGAAGGGGCGCCUGAACAUCGUCAUCAGCCGUUCUUAUUCUGAUACGGCCGAGAAAGCGGCUAUUUCCGAGGCCCAGCCUGUCAAGGUGAACUCGCUGGAGAAGGCUGUCGAAUAUGUCAACUCCAGUGCUUCAGGGAACAUCGAAAGGGCGUAUGUCAUCGGCGGAGCGCAGAUUUAUAGCGCCGCCCUGCAGUUGAAGGAAACAAAAAGAAUUCUGCUAACCAAGGUCAUGAGUGACUUUGAAUGCGAUACGUUCUUCUCACUCAAGCUCUUUGAGUCACAGGGUGACAGCAAGUGGGUGAAGAGCUCGAAAGAGGAGCUCGAUGAGUAUACAGGGGAGACAGUACCAGAAGGCGUACAAGAGGAGAAUGGGACAGAGUAUGAGUUUCAAAUGUGGGAGAAAAUGGCUUAG